AUGAGAAUCGGUUGGAUUUUAAUAUUCUUUUCUAAAACCUACAUGUAUCUGUAUGUGGCUAGAUUUUUAACUGGCACCACUGGUGGUGGAAUGUUUGUGGUGGUGCCGAUUUUUAUUAGUGAAAUUGCUGAUCCAAAUAUACGUGGAGCUUUAUCCUCUAUGGCAAUGUUGUUUUUAAGUUUUGGCAUAAUGUCGGGAUUUGUUUUUUCAUCACAUCUGGAUUAUUAUCUAAAUCCCUGUAUAAUUAUUAUAUUUCCCAUAAUAUAUUUGAUAGCAGUAGCUCAAUUUCCAGAAACACCACAAUAUCUCUUUAGAAAACAUCAUGAAGAUAAGGCCCAUAAAGCUUUUAUGUUUUAUAACAAUUUACCAAAGUACAAUUCUAUUGAAUCAUCUUUAAGUGAACAAGAGGAGUUUACAGUUAAUUCUCAAUUUGAACAACUUAAAGAAGGUAUAUCUUUAAGUAAUAACAAACUGGAAAAGUUAAAAUUUCAAGACUUUGUAUGUGGCAAUUCAUUAGAAGCUCUUUUCACCGCUUUUGUUCUAAAGGCUUUAAAUCAAUUUUCCGGCAGCUUUGCUUUUCUCAACUACAUGUCGGAGAUAUUUGCUCAGUCGGGUACAGAUAUUAAUCCUAACACUUGCAGCAUUAUCAUGGGUAUAGCUCAGAUUACGGGCACUUUUAUCAGUGUAAUACUAGUGGAUAAUUUCGGUCGUAAAUUAUUAAUGUUAAUAUCCUCGGGUGGCAUGGGUGUAAGUCUUUUCGGUUUAGGUUUAUAUAUACAAUUUACCACAUCGGCUUUAAAAUUAGAAUAUAAUUGGUUGCCUUUGGUUAUUAUGACAUUUAUUAUAUUAAUAUCCAGCAUGGGUGUAACUGGUCUAGUAUUCACUAUAAUAGUGGAAAUUUUACCCGCCAAGAUUCGAUCUCCGGCUAUCUCUAUGUCCAUGGCCUGCAUGAGUUUUAUGGUUUUUGUUGCCUUGAAAAUAUUUCCACUUUUAUUGCAAACCUAUAGUCUAGCCAUAGUUUUAUUCCUUUGUGGUGGCGUUUCCAUUAUAGGUUGGUUUUAUAUGUUGCUAUUUUUAAAGGAAACUAAAGGUAAAACUUUGGAUAAGUGAAGAAGACUGGUGAAGAAUUUUGAAUACUAUGUAGAAUAUUAGGAAUAGU